UCUCUCUCUCUCUCUCUCCCCCCGUCUCUACCUCUCUUUCUCUCUCCAGUCCGUCUCCAUCUCUGGUCCACUGUAAGAAACACCCUAUAAUAAGGAGGUAAACAUCAGACCCACCAAUCAACUGAGUUUCAGAAAACGCCGGAGCCGGAGGUUCGGACACCCAAUAAUUUCCCUCCCUACUAUUCCGGAAGACAACCUUAAUUUAUCCUUUCCCCGAAAUUUUAAACAACAAAAUACAACCACUCUACCGUCCCACAUUCGCCGUCUCUGCUUGUUCCCCUGCCCUGCACACCUCCCUGUGAAUGCGACGUCGUUGGGUCUCUGCACAUCGUUAAUUCAGUUUCUUCCACAAUUGAUCGUUCAAGGGUUUCGUGGUUUUUUUUUUUUUUUUGUUCUGAAAUUGUUUCAGUAGUUUUGGAGUGGCGGAAAUUCUACCGCCGUGUGAUUGCUUGUUUGUGGAGGAAGAAGAAACUGGAGCGUCGGAGGAAAUUGAUCGAGGAGUCAAUUAAUUAGGAUGAGAAGGCAAGCCAGCCUCCAGUCAGGAAUGUCGAUGGCGGAGACUGGCGGAGGUAGCUGGUGGGACAGCAGCGGAGUGCGCGGCGGUGUGCUGCUGCUGCCCUUGCGGCCUGGUGGACCUCCUCGUGCUAGCCGUGUAUAAGGUGCCGGCAGGGCUGUGUCGGAAGGCUCUGAGAAAGAAACGGCGCCGCAAGCUGAUGAAGAUGGGGGUGCUGCCGCGUCGGAACUGCCACUGCGAUGAGCAUGAGGUCGAAAUCCACCCCGUCACCGCUCCGCUCUCCAUGGUAAGUUCUCUGGAAUCAGGCCCGGAUACAGAUAAAGAAGUGAUCGAGCUUGAUAAGGAAAUGCUGGAGAAAUUUUUCAGCGGCGGUUUCUGGAGGAGCUCUUCCCGGAGAAAUGAACUCUAAGCACAGUUCAAAAAAUAAAAAAAAAAAAAAAAAGAAUC